AUGCACGCAUGCUCGUCGUAUAACAUGACCUCACCGACGACACAGGCGCGGUCUAUCUCCUCCAAUGUUCCGUCGAGACAAUCGCCAUCACAACUACCGUACCUACAUACCUACCUCCCUUACCUACCUUGGAGCUCCUCUCGCGACGCACGCAGUAGUAAAGAGCAGAAGAAGACCUCGUCCCACCAAGUCGCACAUUCUUAUUCACUCAUACACAUUCACACAUACAGACACACGCACGCACGCACACGCACAUGCCCCAAUCAAAUCCACAUGGCACCCGCCCGCGCGCCCGCCCGUCCACCCGCCAGGAUCAAUCAAUCCCCGUCACCAGGUAUCCAUCUAUCCAGGCAUCUAGGGUCCUGCUUCUGCUUCGCCGCGCUCCUCCUCCUGAACCCCCCUCACGCCGGAGGAUCGAAGCUGCGACCCCCGAGCCAGACGCCAUUCCCGCAAGAAAAAAAAAGGAAAGAGCUGCGCCCCGAUUUGGCUGGGCUCUAA